CUCUCCACGCGGUUGAGGAGACCGGUCGGCCUAGCAGCUUGUUCUGAACGAUGCCGGGAAAACUCCUUAGUGACGGCAGUUUAGAGUCAGACACGGCCAUGGAGCAAGGGGGGAUACCGCGAAAGCGAAACGAGAAGAAAAAUAGAAAAGAGAAGCCAAAAUCUAAGACUGAAGAGUCAGCAGAAGAGGAAGAAACUAUUUCCCCCAAAGCUAAAAAAGUUAAAAAGAAAGCAGGGCCUUCUGAAGUUGACAUGAAUUCUCCUAAAUCCAAAAUGGCAAAAAAGAAAGUGGAGCCAUCUCAAGGUGACAUUGUUUCUCCUAAAACCAAAAGUGUGAAAAAGAAAAAGGAGGCCAUAGAAAAGAAAGUUGUUUCUCCUCAAACAAAAGUAAUAAAAAGUGAGGAGCCUUCUGAAGAAGAAGUAGAUGCUCCUAAGCCCAAAAAGAUGAAGAAAGAAAAGGAAGUGAAUGGAGAAAUUGGAGAGAAAAGCCCCAAAUUGAAGAAUGGAUUCCCUCAUUCUGAACCCGACUGUAACUCCAGUGAAGCUGCCAGUGAAGAAAGUAACAGUGAGAUAGAGCAGGAAAUACCUGUGGAACAAAAAGAAGGCGCUUUCUCUAAUUUUCCCAUAUCUGAAGAGACUAUUAAGCUUCUCAAAGGCCGUGGGGUGACCUUCCUAUUUCCCAUACAAGCAAAGACGUUCUACCAUGUCUAUAGUGGGAAGGACUUAAUUGCACAGGCACGAACAGGGACUGGGAAGACAUUCUCCUUUGCCAUCCCCUUAAUUGAGAAACUUCAGGGAGAACUGCGAGACAGGAAGAGAGGUCGUUCCCCUCAGGUACUGGUUCUUGCACCUACAAGGGAGUUAGCAAAUCAAGUAAGCAGAGACUUUAGUGACAUCACAAAAAAGCUGACAGUAGCUUGUUUUUAUGGUGGAACUCCCUAUGGAGGUCAGAUUGAACGCAUGCGAAAUGGGAUUGAUAUCCUGGUUGGGACACCAGGUCGUAUAAAAGACCACCUGCAGAAUGGGAAGCUAGAUCUCACCAAACUUAAGCACGUUGUCCUGGAUGAAGUUGACCAGAUGUUGGAUAUGGGUUUUGCUGAUCAAGUGGAAGACAUUUUAAGUGUGGCAUACAAGAAAGAUUCUGAAGACAAUCCCCAAACAUUGCUUUUUUCUGCAACUUGCCCUCAUUGGGUAUUUAAUGUUGCUAAGAAAUACAUGAAACCUACAUAUGAACAGGUGGACCUGAUUGGUAAAAAGACUCAGAAAACAGCAAUAACUGUGGAGCAUCUGGCUAUCAAGUGCCACUGGACUCAGAGGGCAGCAGUCAUUGGGGAUGUGAUCCGAGUGUAUAGUGGUCAUCAAGGGCGUACUAUCAUCUUCUGUGAAACCAAGAAAGAAGCCCAGGAGCUGUCACAGAAUGUGUCUAUAAAGCAGGAUGCCCAGUCAUUACAUGGAGACAUUCCACAAAAGCAAAGGGAAAUCACCCUAAAAGGUUUUAGAAAUGGUAAUUUUGGAGUUUUGGUGGCAACCAACGUCGCUGCGCGUGGGUUAGACAUCCCUGAGGUUGAUUUGGUUGUACAGAGCUCUCCACCAAAGGAUGUAGAGUCCUACAUUCAUCGUUCUGGGCGGACAGGUAGAGCUGGAAGGACAGGGGUUUGCAUCUGCUUUUAUCAGCACAAGGAAGAAUAUCAAUUAGCACAAGUGGAGCAAAAAGCGGGAAUUAAAUUUAAACGAAUAGGUGUUCCUUCUGCAACAGAAAUAAUAAAAGCUUCCAGCAAAGAUGCCAUCAGGCUUUUGGAUUCUGUACCUCCCACUGCCAUUAGUCACUUCAAGCAGUCAGCUGAGAAGCUGAUAGAGGAGAAGGGAGCUGUGGAAGCCCUGGCAGCAGCACUGGCUCAUAUUUCAGGUGCCACAUCGGUAGACCAGCGCUCUUUGAUCAACUCAGAUGUGGGUUUUGUGACCAUGAUCUUGAAGUGCUCAAUUGAAAUGCCCAACAUUAGUUAUGCUUGGAAAGAACUUAAAGAGCAACUGGGCGAGGAUAUUGAUUCCAAAGUGAAGGGAAUGGUCUUUCUCAAAGGAAAGCUGGGUGUUUGCUUUGAUGUCCGUACUGCAGCAGUAACAGAAAUACAGGAGAAAUGGCAUGAUUCACGACGCUGGCAGCUCUCUGUGGCCACAGAGCAGCCAGAGCUGGAAGGACCACGGGAAGGAUAUGGAGGCUUCAGGGGUCAGCGGGAAGGCAACCGAGGCUUCAGGGGACGACGGGAAGGAAAUAGAAGCUUCAGAGGACAGCGAUCAGGAGGUGGCAACAAAAGUAACAGAUUUCAAAACAAAGGCCAGAAGCGGAGUUUUGGUAAAGCAUUUGGCCAGUAAUUAGAAGUAGAGUAUUUAUAUGGCAAAAACAACUAUGUUUGGGAACAUGGAACAGGACAUUGUUUUUCAUACAAAGUUAAAAGCACAUUUUGCUUUCUUUUGGCCAUUUGCCCAGUCCUCAUCUCUUCCAGAGAGACAAGCUUCAUAUAAAUUAUUACAUCUGAUCAUGAUCAUUUGUAACUUUAUUGCUACUUCUUUAUCAGGUUUUCCUUUUGAAAAGGUAUGUUAUUCAUUACAUUUUUAUUCUAAUGCAUUGUCUGUAGAUUACAAGAUAAAAUUAAGCAUGUAUCUGCCUUUACUUUGUUAAGUUGACUUGUCUGUAUACUUAAGAGUAUUUCUUAAUAGGGUCCUUCCCUAAAGUAAAUAACUAAGGGAAUGCAACAAUCUGUGGAGGACCACUUUGAGCCUCAGGAGGGGAGUCAAGGCUUUGUUCUGUAAUUGGCAUUCCUGUCCUUAUGUGGUCUUAUGAUGAGUUUCCUGUGGAUUAAUACUGAGCAGUGUUCUAAAGCGAGAUUUCAAACUUAGCUAGGUUGUAAUACAGUUUAUGCCAGUGUUAUACUCUAGAUUUGGAGGAUGUAAUACAUUCAAUAUAGAUUAGCCACAGUUUAGGUGCAUCUUGGUACAUUUUUAGCUUCUGUUUCUAGGGUGAUUUGUGGUUCAGUGAAUUUUACACAGAUGGUACAUUUUAAUAGAAAGCCUGUGUCUAAAUUGAUUCCAUACUUUCUCUGUAAGUAAGGAGGUUGGAUAAAUGGUGAUAAAUGAUAAUGCACUGCACUUAUUCCUACUGGAAGAUUAACAUUGUUUACCAAGAGGAAAAGGGAGAAGGGGGCACAGAUUUGCACUGCUGAAGAGUGUCAAAAAAAUUUCUGAAAAUGUUCUUCAAAUGCAAGAAGGAAACAAAUUCAUAACCAGAGAGAUAAGAGCAGAACAAAUGAAGAUGCAUGGUAAAGCAUGCUUUUAAAGGUGAAAACUUAAUGGAUCAUUAAUGUUUCUGGUGGUUAACUUCUAGUGGGCAAGCUGGGGUUUUUAGGUAGAAUAAUCCAAUUAAGUUUUUCAGUGGCCUAGUUCCUAUAGCCACAAUAUAGGAUCUGUUUCUUACUAUUCAACUGCUACUCCAUGGAAAGGUUUUAGCUACUUAGGGACUUGCUUUUAAGACAAACUGUAAGGUUAAGUUGUUACUUUAAGGGAACUGAGGAACUUAAUAUAAGCCAUGGCUCGAUAACUGUGCCUGAGUUCUCAUAUAUUUCUCUGGAAAACGUUUCACAGUAGCACAGAAGCUUAAGAGUGGUGUUGUCUUCCUCCCUUAAUUUAUAGGAAGAUUAAAAAUACGUGGUCUGUCUUGUUUUCAUUUUAUUGCUUUGAACAACUAAAAUAUUUGUAGGCCCUGGUUUCUCUCAAUUUUCCUUCUUAUCUAACUGCCUUUUACUUGAUCACCUUGCUGUUUGGGGCUCUGAUAGCCAACUCAGCCUUAGUGCUUGAGUUAACAUCCUUUUUCUAUAAGAACUUAAGUUCUAUCCUUGAAUCCUGACAAUCUUGUAUUGUGUUCUCAGAAUUCUCUUUACUUUUAUUCCUUUGUCCAUUUGUCAAUUUUACCAGUUCUGUUCCAUAAAGCUUCCCAUCAAGCCACAGGGAAGCUGUUUGAUAACAGUCCACAUGUGCCUCGUGCCUUGUGGAUUAUAAUUUAUUAGAUUCUGGUUUUGCCCAAAUACUGGGCAUGCUUUAAUAAAAAAAAAAAAUUCACAAUUUGGAUAGGAAUGAGUACCAUAUUUAAACAUAUUAAAAGGAUAUGGUACCUGUCUUUUAGGAAGGAACAGUUAAACCUUUUUUUUUUUUUUUUUUUUUUUUUUCAUGACCG